UUGGUUUUUCUCCUCCCGCCCACCGAUCCAGGGAGCCGCUUCAACCUUCCACUCUUCCCUUCUUUCCUCGCCGUCUCGCGCAGCCCGCCGUACCCAACCAGCCUCUGCCUCACCCGGCUCCUCGUCUGUUCAAUCGUGUCCCUCCACACCGGCUUGCCCUCUUACCUCUACCCUUUCAAUGAGGCAAGCUGUUGACCGUUGCAGUGGACACUCACUUGGUUGCAGCCGCUGCUUGAUUUCGUAAUUAUCUCUCGGCCUCAUCCAUCCCAUAACCUUGACCCCCCCCCCAACACCUCAAUAGCACACAGACUCUCGUCACAAAAAUAUUGUCAUCGGCAUCAUUGCCUCUCCCCAACCCCCAGCCAGCCCAAUCAUCUUCCACCCUGAUGGCUGCCCCGGCACACCACCAGUCGCCGUCGAUGCCUCUGCAUCAUGCGGUCGGCGCUCCACCUCCGCCUCCGCCUCAGGGCGCCUGGGCACCGUCGCGACAGAUCCUUGCCAUGAAUGAGGCCGUCUGGAUGCAAAUAGGCAGCUUGUCCGAGAUACUGGGUAAUGUCGAGGACGCCUUGUUCGCCUAUGAGCAGGCCAUCCGCGCAAGUCCUGGCUCCACCCAGGCCAUGAACUCAAUCAGCGCCAUUUUGAGGACUCGCGAGGACUUCCCAAAGGCCAUAGAAUAUCUCAACCAGAUUCUCAAGCUCGACGCAGCCAACGGAGAAGCAUGGGGAAGCCUUGGACACUGCUACCUUAUGAUGGACGAUCUGCAGCAGGCUUAUGCGGCGUACCAAAACGCCCUGAUUAACCUGCGCAACCCAAAGGAACCGAAGCUGUGGUACGGAAUUGGAAUCUUGUACGACCGCUACGGAUCCCUGGACCACGCCGAGGAAGCUUUCUCCCAAGUAAUGCAGAUGGAGCCCACAUUUGAGAAGGCCAACGAGAUAUACUUCAGACUCGGUAUAAUAUAUAAGCAGCAGCAAAAGUACAAUCAGAGUCUUGAGUGCUUCAAGUAUAUUGUCAGCUCGCCCCCGCCACCGUUGACCGAGGAAGAUAUCUGGUUCCAGAUUGGUCACGUCCAUGAGCAGCAGAAGGACUUUGAUGGUGCCAAAAGCGCAUAUCAGCGUGUGCUAGAUAGAGACCCGAACCACGCCAAGGUCCUGCAACAGUUAGGCUGGCUGCACCACCAACAGAGCAACAACUUCUCUAGCCAGGAAAAGGCCAUCGAGUUUCUGGAGAAGUCCGUUGCUGCCGACAACAGCGAUGCUCAGAGCUGGUACUUGCUUGGUCGAUGCUACAUGUCGCAGCAGAAGUAUCCCAAGGCAUAUGAGGCCUACCAGCAAGCCGUCUACAGGGACGGUCGCAACCCAACGUUCUGGUGCUCCAUCGGUGUCUUGUACUACCAGAUCAACCAGUACAGAGACGCCUUGGAUGCCUACAGCAGAGCCAUCCGAUUGAACCCAUUCAUCUCUGAGGUCUGGUAUGACCUAGGCACCUUGUAUGAGAGCUGCAACAACCAGAUCAAUGAUGCACUGGAUGCUUAUCAGAGAGCUGCGGAGUUGGAUCCGUCCAACCCGCACAUCAAGGCUCGGCUGCAACUGCUCCGCAACGGCCAGACCAACGGUGCCGGUGCAGCUCCCAUGCCAACUGAUGUCCACCCUCAGGCAUACCAGCAACAGGGAGCCAUCGGACCCCCAGGUCCUCAGUGGUCAAACUCUGGACCCGGCCCCCAUCAAACCCAACCCCCGCCAGGUCCUCCUCCCGGGCCAGCAGGCAACUGGGCGCGUCUUUCGGAAGUGAACCCGCCUCCGCAACCGCCAAAUCCUUAUGAGCAGCGCGGUGAGCCUCUUAGGGGACCAGCCCCGCCAUCUUUUCCUCGUCAGCCUAGCCCUCGCCAAGAGCAGCAAAUGAGACAAUAUCAGGAUCCCGCGCGGCAAGGCGGUCCAGCAGGGCCUGGAGGUCCGAUGAUGAGAGGACGAACACCGCCUCCAUUGCACUACCCUCCACCGCCACCACCUCAGCAGCAACCCCUGCCACCAGCCUCGCAACCACCACCUCGCGUUGCUAAUCCAAACUACAGCGGCCCAUCCCCUGCGCCCGCACCGGCUGGACCUCCUCCCCCUCCCACCAACGGUGUAAAUGUACCGCCUCCGGGACCAACGCCUCUGAUGCAGUACCGCAACAACAGCCCCAGGCCUGAGCUGCGCCCAAUGCACGAGAACCGCAUGCCCUCGCCAAAGUCGGCUUAUCCGCAGCACCAGCCGCCUUACCCUCAGCAAGACCCCUCUGGGCCCAGCAACAUGGAGUCCGGGGCCCCACCUCCUCAGUCUGCUGCAGCCGCUGCUGCGGAGGCCGCUCUCCAUCGUAACGAACAUGACAACCGGCCUCCAUCCGUCGGCCCGAAGCGUCUUCGUGAGUGGGAGGACGAGGCAGCCUCGAAGAAGCCACGCCCUUCCACACCGGCUCGAGCUGAGUCCUACCGCCGUGAGUCAUCGGAGCACAGACGUGUCGAUGAGCAGCGUCCCCAUGGCUAUCACCCCUCGGAAGCCGCACAUCACCCGCCUGCUCACAAUAUGCCGAGUCAGCUGCCCCCCAUGCAAGGGCCACCACCGCCCCCUCCCCAAAACCAUGAGCCAGAACGGGCGGCCAGGAAGAUGGACAUUGAUGAGGAGUAUGACGACGAUGGUGAGGAUGACAAGAAGAACAUCCAUCCUGCAUCUGGCCCGGGGUCCACUGCGGGUGAUCACAAGAACAACACGUCACCCACGGGUUUGAUGCAAAACGGUGGGCCAAAGACGGAGUAGAGGUAUCAUGUCUGGCUUGUCCCCAUGGUAACCGAUCCGAUCCGAUCUAGGCUCUGUGGUACAAGUCGAAACCAGUCCUUCGUGCAACAAGUCCUUUUGUCAACAUUCAAGUUGCUAUGUCUGCUCUAUGUCGGUGGUGCUCGCUGUUGGUCAACAUCACCUUUCCUUCAGUGGUAUCUGUGUUUAUGAGGUUGGGGAAUUGCGUUAUACCUGUCCCGGCUUGCUCACGCAACGGCCAAAGUUUCAUAUUGUUCACAAUUGUAAAUCCAGUACCGUGGUGGUGAAAAUGGGACGACAGAACGGAAAGGGAAAGCAUAUAUAAUAACAAUGACAUCUCUCUACCUAUCGUUAGAA